AUGUUUGCCAACAAGCUGCUCUAUGAGAAUGCGCCUGAACGCGAACACAGACGCCACGGGUCCUCAAAGAGGAACUCGUAUACUGACGAACGUGAUUUUGGUACAGACAAGCUUUCUGCCCCAUGCACGCCAGCCGAAUACAUCCCUGACACUCCAGUACAUGAUGAGAAUGUGACGUCAAGGACGGGUGGUGUGAGAUACACCCCCUUUUCUUACCCUUUAUCGGAAAGCCGGGCAUGUCGCGCGCCUGAUUCACUACCUUAUCCCAACUUCGAGCUCUAUGCAGAUCUGUACGAACCUGGCAGCCAAGCUGAAGACAUUCCCGCAUACUCCGGACCCAGGCAUGUGAAAUACGCGCUCGACAAGAAUGUGGUCUACGAUGUCGAACCUUCACAACACUCAGGGCUCUAUCGUUUGACCCAGCAUACUCCUCGAGCAUCCGAUGUUGUAUCCCGAUUUCCACAACUUUAUGGCCGCCGCAACAAUUCGAACCUCUUCCCACCCUAUGAUCAUUAUGAUAAAGCAGUGUACGGACGACCAACUAGUACGUUGCAUGUCACAAAUUCUACCGGACAAUGUCGGCAAGAUAAUGUCUCACCACUGUAUGAAGAUGCUGAGGGGUUUGGUAGACCGGCAGCGAUCACAGCUCUUAAGAGGACCGCAGAACAUGGUCCAGGCAUGCAUCAUCAAUAUGGUAGUUGUUUGAGCGUUCCGAGAAGAGAGGGACUGGACGCGUUCGAUUUGCAGCUUCUAGAGACUGCGCAGAUGGACGAAGCCAUCGGGUAA